AUGCCAUCGACAGCGGCGACGCCAGCAGCCGGCGUGUUUGCGUUCACCCGGACUGUGCAAGAGGAAAUGGACUGGAUGGAGGAGAUGCGCCGCACCAACCCUGAUGCUGCAGAAAACGUCAUGUCAAACAGCAGGCUCUUUGUCGAGUUGGCCGCCGCAGGCGAGGUGCGGUCCAUGAUGGAGAUCGUGGCAGACGUCCAGCGCUUGUCCGACCAUGUACUGUGCUACUAUUUUGUAAAGAUGUUUCAAGUUGCCGCGACUCGACGGCGCAUGGACGUGCUGAAGACACAUUGCACCGCGUAA